AUGGUGAUGCAGCCCAAGCUAAGGAUGAAGCUGGCGAUGGCCCUGGCUACUACCCUGGUUAUGGUGUCUUGGACACAGGAGUUUUUCCCUAAGGAGGCCCACAGCCUCAACUGGGGCAAGUUCUCAGGCUUCUGGUACAUUAUUGCCAUCGCCACAGACACCCAGGGAUUCCUGCCUGCUAGAGACAAGAGGAAGCUGGGGGCAUCGGUGGUGAAGGUGCACAAGCCAGGCCAGCUCAGGGUGGUCAUCGCCUUCAGCCGGCCUCAGGGAUGCCAGUCCAGGGAGGUGAUUCUGAAGAAAGACAAGAAGAAGCCUGUGUUUAGGAACACCAUGAAGGGGGUGAAAAGCUUCCACGUGCUGUCCACUGACUACAGGUAUGGCCUGGUAUACCUCCGCCUGGGGCGUGCUGGCAACAACUACAAAAGCCUGCUGCUUCUCCACAGACAGAACAUUUCUAGCUUCCUGAGUCUGCGAAAGUUCCUGGACACAUGCCAUACUCUGCAGCUCACCAAGCAGGCCACAAUCCUUCCGAAAGAUGAUUCCUGCGCCCACACGAUCCUGCCGUGA